AUGCUGGUGAAAGAUGGGCUAUGGAAUGGACUGGAAAACGGAAGGCGGCCAGUGGGGGUACUGGCUACCGGUCACUGGAAGUGGAUGCUCGAGUUUAACGCCCUCGAGCGCUCGCCCAAGUACAGGCAGCUUGGCGCUAACGGCGACCACAACGACAACUGGCACAAGUACUAUGGGCUGAGCUUCCAGAAGUUCUUGGCGGACUUGCCUAAGACUCCCGAGGAGCGCGUUGAAGCUGUCCAGAAGCUCGUGGAGUGGAACUGCUCCCUUGAGGCUGCUCAUCGCGGAAUCGAGAUGCAGCCUGUUCCCAAAAACCAGUCCCCCUCCACCAAGGAGAUUGUUGACGCGGUCGCCAAGAAAGUCGCCGAGUGCCUCCUGGCCGCCGCCGACAAGACCACCACUGAUGAUGCCGAGGGCCGUCCUAGCAAGCGCAUCAAGGUCGAGGGUGACGGCGCGACCACGUUCAACUUCGAGGUGACUGUCGAAGUCAACACCAAGGACAAGGACGUUGCCAACUAA